GGGCGGCGCAGGCGCGGUGCGGCCCGGGCCGGGGGCUCCAUGUCGCGCCGGGCCCUGAGGCGGCUGAGGGGCGAGCAGCGGGGCCAGCAGGAGCCGGGCCUGGGCGAGCUGGGCCCGGCUGACGGCCCCGAGAACGGGCAGCAGCGGCAGGAGGGGGUCGUGAGGGGGCGGAGAGGCGUCAGCAACCGCUUCGAGCUGAUCACCAGUGAAGAACUGGAGGAUGACCUCCCAUCCAAAGAGGAGCGAGCGGAUACCAGGCUCAAAGAGCAUGGCGUGGCAGAGAGGAACGAUGAAGAGUCCGUACCAGAGGAGAGAGAAGGCGAUGGGCAGAGGAACGGGGAAGAGGCAGAGCGGCCGGACCAAACGCCCGUGUUAAGUAACAAGCCACGAAAGAAAAAAAAGAAAAGGAAAAGCAAGAAAGCUUCAGCAGGAGAGGCUCUGGAAGACAAUGACCUGGAAGACAUCGACAGCUUACUGGAGAAGAUUGAGGAUACCAAUGGGAUACUGCAAGAGACCCAGAGUGGAGUAAUUGUUGACAGCAGGCCUCUGCUCUACGUAGAGCACAGAAACUUGAAUCCAGAGAAUGAGUUGAAGAGAUACUUUGGGGCUCGUGCUGUUCUUGGUGAUCAGAGGCCAAGGCAAAGGCAGCGCCAGUAUGUCCGCAGCACGUGGCUGACGGUUCCCAAAAACACCUGGCCACGUUACAGCAAAACAGGUAUUGCCAUGCAGCUGGUAGAGACCAGGAGGGGGGUGCAGUACUUCACGUUUGAGCACCACCGUGAGUACCAGCAAGUGCAGUUCAAGUUCCUGGAUGCCGUGGAGUCCAUGGACCCCAACAACAUUGUGCUGCUGCUUCAGAUGAACCCGUACCACGUGGACUCCCUUCUGCAGCUCAGCGAUGUCUGCCGGAUGCAGGAGGAUCAGGAGAUGGCCCGUGACCUGAUAGAGCGGGUGCUGUACAGCCUGGAGUGCGCCUUCCACCCUGUCUUCAGCCUCACCAGCGGGAGCUGCAGGCUGGACUACCGGCGGCCGGAGAACAGGGCUUUCUUCCUGGCUCUCUUCAAACACCUGAUGUUCCUGGAGAAGAGGGGUUGUCCCCGGACAGCUCUGGAGUUCUGCAAGCUGAUUCUGAGCCUUGAUCCAGAGAACGACCCGCUGUGCGUGCUGCUGAUGAUUGAUUUUCUGUCCCUCCGAGCUAGAGAGUACACCUUCCUGACACGCAUGUUCGAGGAGUGGGAGAGUCACCGGAAUUUGUCCCAGCUCCCCAAUUUUGCCUUCUCAGUGCCGUUGGCCUAUUUCUUCCUGAGCCAGCAGGAGGAGCACUCGGAGAUGGAGUCAAGCCAAACCCGGGAGAGAGCUGCCCGGCUCAUCCAGCUUGCGCUGAUCAUGUUCCCAAGCGUUCUUAUGCCGCUGUUGGAUCACUGCAGUGUGCAGCCUGAUGCCAGGGUCGCCUCCCAUUCCUUUUUUGGGCUGAAUGCUCAGAUAAGCCAGCCUCCCGCCUUGAACCAGCUGACGUCUCUCUACGUGGGAAGGACUCACUCCCUGUGGAAGGACCCAGCUGUCAUGGCUUGGCUGGAGACAAACGUCCACGAGGUGUUACACCUGGUAGACAUCAGAGACCCGCUGGUGGAGGAGUGUGAGCUCAAGAGGAAGAUGAGAUACCAGAGUGCCCCCAGGAAUAUCUACCGGCACGUCAUCCUCUCGGAGAUGAAGGAGGCCACGGCAGCUCUGCCUCUGGAGGUGACGUCGCAGCCUGUGAUGGGGUUUGACCCUCUUCCUCCUCUGGACUCCAUCAUCUCCUACACCAGACCAGAAAGAACGAAUCACCCAUCCAACGAAAGCACUUUAUCUCUCUUCUUCCGAUCACUGUUGCCAAAUUUUAACUUGCAGGGGGACAUCAGGCACGAUGGAGAUGACGAGGCCGGAGCAGGGCAGGACCUCAACCAGGGGGUGAACAGGCUCAUGGCAGCCAUGCGGGACAUGCUGGCGAACAUCCAGUUCCAGGAGCCCCCCCGGGACGACAAUCCUGAAGGCGACGGGGACUGGGAUUGAGCUGAGAGCACGCGUCUCCCACCCUGCCCCUGUGUUAAUUGUACCCUAACCCUCUCCCACUCCAAUAAACUCAUAGAAACCAGA